CAUGGACUCCGUCCACCUGGUCGACCUACCAGCGGCUGGAUCUGUUUCGCGGUCUCUCGAGCAUCUGGCUGGUGAUCGGGGCAAAGAGAUUGCUGAGCGGUUAAUUCAAUUGCGCUUGCCAGAAACUACUGACAGGGAGAUAGCUAAGCGCGAGGGACCUGCCCGGCCUUACUCGGACCCCGCCCUCAGACGGUCGCCCGCCCUCUACGCGGAGUUGCUGCGUAGGCUGGCCGAUUGCGACCUGAUCGAGUGGCACCUGUCGGGUGAGGUCUCGUGCGGCUUGUUCUUCGUUUAUAAGAAGUCAGGGAAGUACCGCUUGAUAGUCGAUGGUAGGCUACCACCUUGCCGUUUUCGUGAUAGCGACCCCGUGGCGCUGGCGUCGGGGGCUGCCUUCUCGGCCAUAGAGGUUGACAGUGCGGCUCCCAUCCAGGUCGGCUCGGUCGAUAUCGUAAACGCUUUUUACAACAUGCAAUUCCCCGAAGCUCUUCGUGACAUGUUCGUCCUCCCGAGGGUUCGAGCCGACCUGGUGAAUGUCCGGACGGCCCAAGGCCGCGCUGUCAGACGGGGCCAAUACCUUCUGCCAGUCCUGAAGGUUCCAGAGGAUAAGAUCGACAUUGACUCGAGUAUAUGGGACGGCGAAUGGCGGCGGGUCUUGGUGAGACGGUGGGCCCGCUCGGAGGCCCAGGUGUUCCUCGAGGGCCGUGGCAUGGUCCUAGCUCAUCUCCGCAAGACACGUGCCAUGGCGAAUUUCGGGAAGCGCCACUUGUACUUGGGUGACGCCAUGGCCAGCAUCCUUGCCGUGUCCAAGGGCCGUUCAUCCUCGCGGUUGAUGCGAGUCUGUCGUCAGAUCGGUGGUCUCAACCUUGCCUUCAACAUGACUUCUCGCUGGCGGUGGCUCCCUUCAGAGCACAAUCCUGCAGAUCGGGGCUCAAGGCGCAGGCAGGGUGACUGGGCCGAAGCGUCAGCCAAGCCCCGUGCGCCCGACCCUCCGGCUGUUGUCCUGCCCAGGCCGCGACAUGCUCCGCUGAACGGGGACGCCUGCGGCCAGCGGGGCAGCCGCGUCCGCGCCUUUGCAGCCAGGCUCGGACGGGCCUUUGGCGUCGACUUCUGCCCCGCUGAUGCCCCUGUCGCGGCCGCCAGCAGCGAGGCCUUCGACAGCUCGGAG